ACAAGAGAUAGACGAUUCAUACAAUUCCUUUCAGAAAGCACAUUUUUUUGAGCUUUUGCAUUAGAAGGAUUUAUAUUCUUGUGGUGGUUUCUAUAGAUCUUGACCACCUAAAAAUAGAGACUUGUUUCUGAGCAAGGAUGACAUGGUUUUUUGGGAUUUGUACUUUUUGGCUGUUGAUGGUUAUGGUUGUGGCACAGAAGAAUUUCAAUGUCCUGUCAACACAGAAGAGUUUCAAUGUGGUGCCAGCACAGACUUUUAACCAGGGAACCGGCUUGAAGACCGAUUGUCUGGGAAGUUAUAUGAGGCUAACUAUAGAUAAAUCUCUAGCGUUUGGAAAUCAAGUUGAAUUUGAUGCUGUCAAUGGCUCCCAAAUUGAACCUUUAACUCCAAGCCUAGCUGCUAAAUGUGGCUUUUAUAUAGACUCUGAUCCCUGGGGUAACUACAAAGUCUUUGCAUCUCUCCUCAACUGUUUUGCAGGGAAUGAGGAUGAUGCUGUGUUUGAUGUUGACAUGCGCGUCCGGGUGCGUGGUGUCAAAGCGGAACAAGAAGUCUUUGAGGUGGAGAAGACCUGUAACUAUGACCAAUGGGCCCCCCGUGAAGUUCUUUGCACUCAGAAUUACAUGGAGGUUUCCGUUAACCGAUUGCCAGAGGAAAUUACAGCUUUGCGUAGUCCACUUAAGCUGCCCAGAGCAAAAAACUUUGGUGAACAGUGGGCCGAUACGGUUACUGAGGCCAUUACCUCUAGAUACAACAUCUGGAGAAUGGUGUUUUUCACUCCUAAACAAAAAGCUAUGGUGUUGGAGGAUGCCCUGAAGACAGGAUAUAGCAUAACAACAACUAGGUCUCGAUUGGUGCUACGAAGCGGUUACGACAUGCCGGAGACCUAUGUGGAAACUGUGAAUGGCGUGCCAAUGAAAGUCAUCAGGGUGACCACCUACUUCAAGAAAGAGUGGUCUGUAACCAUGUUAGAUACUGUUGCUGCAUGUCCAACUGGUGGGCUUUCUUUUACGGAUGAGAUGAUCACCUGGAACUUCCCCCGAAUUAAUCCACUAAUGAGUUCUAGAGCAACCAGUCUCCUUGAGGUGUUCAUGGGGAUAGAUGGAAAGAAGAUAGAUUCUUUGCAAAUGGAAACUAGAGGCUAUUAUUUGACCAUAGUGGAUGAUUUAAUUGUAAUGAAAAUACCUAUCGGUGGACCAGAUGGCUACUACAAGAGUCAUGUUGUAAAUAACCAGUACCGCAUCACGUAUAACAUUGAGCCAAUGCUGGAGUUACUGUGGAGUGACGGAGGCAUGGAUACUACUAGAUACAAAGUCCUCUUCCCCAUCAAGACCCCUUUUAUGCCUAGUCCGCCCCACUUUGUUGACCUCACUGUUGUGGACCAAAGGAUGUUUGAUGUAUUCUUGGGACCUUUCUUUUAUGACAUUGAGUUGGUGAACAUAACUUUUUCCACUGGAGUCCUUACUGUGGCAGAGGCCAAUGCAAGGGGGAUCAACAUACAGGAACAACGCUUUCAAAAUGGCUCCAAGGCGUUUAGACUUCAAGUCCCCUUCUCUGACAGUUUUGUUGAGAGAACUCAAGUUGAUGUGGUUGUUAGAGUUUAUACUCUUCGCUUCAGCUACGGUUUUAUGGUCCUGCCUGAAUACACUCCAUUCUCCUACACUUCCUCUGUCGAUGUAACCCUUCAAGAUGUCAUUCUCCCAACUGUGACUGGAGCCUGUGAUGAGGAAAAGUUCCACAUCAUGAUUUCACUUGGAAACCUGGGCAAAAACUUUAAUAUUAUGAUUGGUACGCAUGACAUGACUCCAGACCGGAGAGCCGAGUAUGGUGUAAAGGAGAAUGACACUCAUAUUAGCUUAGCAAUGCCUUUCCUUGCAUCUGAUGUUGUGUUCGAGCUGAUGUAUGCGUCAUCCUUGAGGGCUCGGAUUGAUGUGCUACUGUGGGAGCCCACGAAAAAAUGGACACUAAGUGACUUCUCCUUGGCUUGCAAUUUUCCCAUGACCAUGACUGAGUGUUUUAGCAAUGGCACCAUGUCAGCCCUUGCAGUGAAGGUAGAAUCUGUACCCCAGCUUAUCCCUCGUCAGCUUACCCUGAGGGAUCCUUCAUGUGGACCCAAAUUCAGCAACGAUCGCUUCGCCUACUUCUCUUUUGAAGCAAACAGUUGUGGAACCACUAGAACGUUCUAUGAUGGCGUUGUGACGUAUCAAAAUGAAAUCACUUUGGAUAACGGGCUGCCAGUUUACCAGCUGAGUAAAAAAGGAGUACCUACUAGUCGUCCAGAUCCAGAGUAUCGCAUUACCAUGUCAUGCUUUUACACGUUAAAUGAUACCCAGACGAUUGCAUUCUUCACAAAGCCGCGGGAAAAUGAACCCCUACCAGAGACUGGUUUUGGAGAGCUGCGAGUUGUACUGAGACUUGCUUGGGAUGGCUCUUAUAAUCAUUUCUAUGCAGAGGAGGAUUACCCAGUUGUAAAGUACUUAAGAAGUCCUCUGUUCUUUGAGGUGGUGCUGCUUACGUCCACUGAUCCUCAGAUAGAGCUAGUCUUGGAGAAUUGUUGGGCCACUCUGAAAGAAGACCGGAACUCUACUCCACGAUGGGACUUGAUAGUGGAUGGCUGUGUGAAUCUGGCUGAUGGUUACGAGACCGUUUUCCACCCUGUUGCCCCUAACAGCAUUCAGUUCCCAUCGCAUGUAAAGCACUUUGAAAUCAAGAUGUUUACUUUUGUGCAGAAUGAUGUCGUACUUCAAGAUCAGAUUUUUGUACACUGUGAUGCUGUGCUUUGUGAUGAGAGUGAUGGAAUCUGCAAGAGACACUGUCCAUCUCCCAUGCCUUUAAAAACUGGAAAGAAAGUACGAAGAGAGACAACUAAUGUCCAGUCCCAGAGAGUUCAGCUGUCAUCAAGAAAAAUAAUGCUCUCAAGCUCUUAGUCUGUUUUGGUUCUUAGUCUUAAUAAAAGUCUCGUUCAAAACGA